CAACCACCAUCCAAAUCCUCCCACUUACAAACCUUUCUCUCCUUUUCUCCCUCCUCCAUCCCUCUCCUUGUGAAGAAUCUCUUCCAUCAAGCCAUGGCUUCCCAAAUGGAAUUGAAAUGCUCGAGUAUAUUAGCACAAGAGCUCCUCAUUAAGUAUAUCUCAGAAUGUGCUGUCUCCCAACACCCACAAUUUGAUGCUUCCAAGCUUUCGUCUCCCUGCACAAGUGAUCUCUCUUACUAUGUAUAUAAACUACCCAACUUCCCCUCCUUCAUCCCACGCCCAAGGAAAAGUUUUACAGAACAAAUAAGACUAACAGAGAGUGACAAAAAGGAAGAAGAGAUGGUGAAGUUCUCCAAGCAGUUUGAGGCCCAGAUUGUCCCUGAAUGGAAGGAUGCCUUUGUGGACUACAGGCAGCUAAAAAAAGACAUCAAGAAAAUGCAUGUCCAUAGUUCUAACCAGAAUUCAGUGAACAAAUCACCACAGGAAAAUCUUUCACAAAGACUCUUAUCGCCUAUAAAGAAGCUAUCUAUCUUAGGUGCUGGUGGUCAUAAGCAUGAAACUAUUCAGGUUCAUCGGAAGCUUACAAGCUCUGCAAGCAAGGGAGAUUUAUAUGAAACUGAACUACUUGACCAAUUUGCAGACACAGAUGCUGCAAGAGAUUUCUUUGCAAGGCUCGACCUUCAGCUUAAUAAAGUGAACCAAUUCUAUAAGGGAAAGGAGAAGGAGUUUCUGGAGAGGGGUGAGUCUCUGAGAAAGCAAAUGGAGAUCCUACUUGAUCUUAAGAUUGCUAUGAGGAAGCAGAAGGAUCGAGGCGCCAUGAAUUCUGACUCAAAGGAUGAUCAGUCCAGUUCUGGUUCGAUUUCUUUUGAGGAUGAGUCCAUUAAGGACACAGCAGAAGAAGAACAGACCCAAGAGAGCUUGACAUUCGAGUGUGAGAAGAAUGAGGUUCAAUUCAGCAAUUCUCUGGAGGAGCAAGAUGAUUCAGGAAAUCUUGUUAAACCCAGAAAAGUAGAAGAAGGCAAGCAGAGAAGUCUGUCUGGUAGAGUUUUCAGCUGUCAGGGAAAGAAUCUCAAGCUCAACAUUCCCCUUACUACACCUUCAAGAACCAUCUCAGCUCUCACAUACUUGGUCUGGGAAGACUUAGUAAACCAGUCCAAGAAAAGCAGACCAGAGAAAGCCAAGCUCAGUAUCAACAAGACAAAGCUCCACCAUGCAGAGAAGAUGAUUCGAGGGGCCUAUAUUGAGCUCUUCAAGGGAUUGGAAUACCUCAGAACAUAUAGGAACCUGAAUAUGUUAGCUUUUGUGAAGAUUUUAAAGAAGUUUGAUAAGGUGAUGGGAAAACAAAUCCUUUCUGUAUACCUUAAAGUUGUUGAGAGCUCCUAUAUCAACAGUUCAGAUAAGGCUGUCAGAUUAAUGGAUGAAGUUGAGGAUCACUUUACCAAACACUUUGCUGAUGAUGAUAAGAGGAAGGCCAUAAAAUAUCUCAAGCCAAACCAACGAAAGGAAUCUCAUGCUGUCACCUUCUUCAUUGGUCUUUUUACGGGAUGCUUCAUUGCGCUUUUUAUCGGAUAUUGUAUCAUGGCACAUAUUGCUGGAAUGUACACAAGGCAAUCAGACACCAUCUAUAUGGAAACAGUUUACCCAGUUAUAAGUAUGUUUAGCCUAUUGUUCCUACAUCUUUUCCUCUAUGGGUGUAACAUCUACAUGUGGAGAAAGACAAGAAUCAACUAUAGUUUCAUAUUUGAGUUCUCCACCACCAAAGAACUCAAAUAUAGAGAUGUUUUUUUGAUAUGUGCCACCUCAAUGACUAUAGUGGUGGGAAUUAUGUUUGCCCAUCUAUCCUGUACUUUGAAAGGCUACAAUUCCACUCAAGUCCAAGCAAUCCCAGGCUUUCUGCUUCUGAUGUUUAUGAUCGUGCUUGUGUGUCCUUUCAAUGUCAUAUACAAAUCAAGCCGUUAUCACUUUCUUAGGAUUAUCAGGAACAUAAUAUUAUCUCCUUUUUACAAGGUGGUCAUGCUUGAUUUCUUCAUGGCCGACCAGCUAUGCAGCCAGGUACCUAUGCUGAGGAACCUGGAGUAUGUGACCUGCUAUUAUGUCACUGGAAGCUAUAAAACACAAGAUUAUGGAUACUGCAUGAGUACAACACAUUUUAGAGACUUAGCUUAUGCUGUGUCCUUCCUUCCUUACUAUUGGAGAGCCAUGCAGUGUGCGCGAAGGUGGUUCGAUGAAGGAGAGACGAGCCAUCUUGUGAAUCUGGGCAAGUAUGUGUCUGCAAUGCUUGCAGCAGGAGCUAAGGUUGCCUAUGAGAAGGAGAAGACUAUUGGUUGGUUAUCUCUUGUUGUACUGAUGUCAAGCACAGCAACUGUGUACCAAUUGUACUGGGAUUUUGUUAAGGAUUGGGGGUUGUUGCAACCAAAAUCAAGGAACCCAUGGCUUAGGAAUGAACUAAUUCUUCGUCGCAAGUUCAUAUACUUCUUAUCGAUGGGACUGAACUUUGUUCUGAGGUUAGCAUGGCUACAAUCAGUUCUGCAUUCAAACAUAGCGAAUUUGGAUUAUAGAGUGACUUCAUUUCUCCUGGCAGCUCUAGAAGUGAUUCGCAGAGGCCAUUGGAAUUUCUAUAGGUUGGAGAAUGAACAUCUUACCAAUGCCGGCAAGUUUCGAGCUGUGAAGACUGUGCCUCUGCCAUUCCAUGAAGUAGAUCUGGAUUGACACAUUCUAUGAUCAAAGAGCACUAUUAUAAUUUACUAGCCAUCAAUAAUUAAUGGUGGCAGGAAAGUGGGUGAUUUACUUCAAAGGAAGGAGACAAUUUAUAACCCCAACAGUUGGAACAACAAAACCUAGUCUGUUAAUGAUUGUAAAAUUUAUUGGAUCAAGUAACUAAAUAAAUUAUAUCACAGUUGAUUCAAAGA